CCAGAGGAAGCGGGGGCAGGGCACAAGAUGGGCACAUACUCGUUUGCAAAGGAGGUCUCGUCCGAGUUCCUGCAGUCUGUGCAGACUGUGGCGUCGCUGUCCGAGGCGCAUGUCGGCGACCUCGGCGGGGUGGUGGUGGGCUGGCUCACGCACACCGGGCGCAUCGACUUCAAGGGCGACACGGCCAUGCUGGCUGGCUCACUCGGCCUUCCCGAGGCAACGGUCCGCGACGCCACAACCAUGAUGCGGGUAUUCUACCGUGGUGCUGUCCGUGGCCACCUCACCGCCGCCCAGGUCUCAGACGACCUUGCCGCCCUGGGCCUGCCCACCGAGCUCGCCCAGGUCCUCACUGCCCUGUGGACCGCCCACAAGGACGCGCUCACCGCCGCCGUCGUCGCCACCUCGGUCUCGGUCAACGAGCUUGUCGACAUGGAUUGGAAGUUUGGCGUCACGGCAUCGUCGUCGGAGCUGCAAAAGGUGGGACGAUCGUUCCUGCAGCUGCGGCUGACGCUCAAUCGUGGUGGCUUGGAUGAGUGCGUGCACAUGGAGCUGACGCUGGAGCAGUUUUACAGCUUUCUGGCGGACAUGGAGAACGCCAAGGCUGCGCUUGACAACGUGGCGUGAGCAGAUGCGUGGUGGGCAGGGAGACGGUGGUGGAGGGUGGGGAGACGGGCUUUGGUACGUGUGUUUCUGUGGUGUAAACGAACGAUUACUCGG